AUGGUUGAUUAUAAACUGAUGAGCACACCACUUGAAGCCAAGACCAAGAUCGGGUCAAAUAACACUCCCCUUGAUGCUCCAAGUUACUUUCAUGGGCUUGUUGGAGCCUUACAAUAUCUCACUCUCACUCGCCCUGACCUUUCAUAUAGUGUUAACUAUGUGUCCCAAUUCAUGCAUUCUCCUACAAUUAUGCAUUUAAAAAUGGUUCGACGCAUCUUAAGAUAUGUGAAAGGAACUAUCGAUGUGGGUCUCCACUUCACUUCUAACACUACACUUGAUCUUUUUGCCUUUUCUGAUGCAGAUUGGGUAGGUUUUCCUACAACUCGGCGUUCUACCACUGGUUAUUGCACAUUCCUUGGAGGAAACCCCAUCUCAUGGUGCGCAGAAACAACACACAGUCUUCCACUCUAG